GCUCCGGCCCUACACUGGGCCUCCGGUAAUCGGCCCUGCACUGACAUCUGACAGAUACAAACUGCUGGAGUAACGCAGCGGGUCAGACAGCAUAUCUGGACUGCAGGGAUAGGUGACGUAUCUGGUCGAGACCCUUCUUCAGACCCGACCCUACACAUCACCAAUCCAUGUUCUCCAGAGAUGUUGCCUAUCCCGCUGUGUUACUCUCGUACUUUUGCUAUAAACCAGCAUCUGCAGUUCCUUUGUAUUACACUCUGACAGUCGGCCGCUCCGGCCUCGCUGGAUGUUUCCUCAUUCCUGGAGCGGGGGUAACCGGUCGGAGAACAUUCCGCUGCCCGAGCCUCAGCCCGGGGCUGCCCGAGAGGGAGGGGUCGGAGCCGGGACGCUCCAAUCAGCCGGAGCCUGGCCACUGCCUCGCACAACCGGAUCACAUUCCGCCUGGACUCUGCCAUGGACGGGACCGGAGCGCCGAGUGCAGUCCGAGACACCACCGUUCGCUGAGUAUGAGUGGCCGAAGGCCUGCCCCUCCCCGGGGAAGCUCACCCCUGGAGGCAAAAUCAGGUGCGAGGGUGCAUACGGCACCCCAGGGUGCGCCACCUACCUCCCCUGACCCCCCUUCCACGGACCCGGAGCAGAGCACACGGUGCACCAUACUCACCUACUUCACUGGAGACAUCAACAGCAUGGUGGACGAGCACUUCUCCCGAGCACUGAACCGUGCAAAGACACCCGCCAUCGCCGGGGCCAAGAGGAAGGCAGACAGCAUUGAGAGCCGAGCAGGCGAGGAGAUCCCAGCCCCGUGGCAUCCGGCCGGUCUCUGGCCACACCAGUACCUGGGUCCCCCGCCACCCGCCGCCCGGACCGCGGGACCGACACCCAGCGACUACCAGGCGGGGCUGCGGGCCGGGACCUGGCUACUCCCGGGCGGCCAGCACGUGUACCCGGCGCCCGCCGACCCCGAGCGCCGCUACAGCCCGCUGCUGGUGCGGAUCCCGGGACAGAGCCGGGCUCCCCCGCCCCGCCCCAAGGUAACUGGCCCCGCCACCUGGACCGCCACCCCGCCCGGACUCCCCAGCGCCCCGGGGGCGGAGGCGGCGCCGAGACCCGAACGGUGGAGCAGCGAUGAAGGUUUGGAGCGACAGGAGCUUCAGGGAGACAUUUAUUGGUAUUAGCGCCUCUCCCGAUUCCCGCACCCGCCUCGUCCGGCCCUAUUGCCCGGGCUGCGGUCCCCGAACUGAAGGCACCGUGUGCGGACUGACUGCCCCUCCACUCAACGCACAGUUAGGAAGUCACCGUCUCCCGCUCCAGGUCGGAUCUACAUCUGGGACCUUCAGGGAACCUGGCGCGGGCAACAGCUUCCAGCGGCGGCACGGAUCCCGAUUGACUCGACCCACAACGCAGGCAACACCGGCGAUGGCACGGACAGCUCACCAGGGGGAGGGAGGAGUGGAGCUGGGGAAGUCCGGACUCGGGGUCCGGGCAGGCAGCGGAGGCAUGGGCACCAUCCGAGAUGUGACGGGAAUAGGCGGACAAUUCAGUAACUGGAGCCGGAGGAAGAGGCGACCCUGUAUAUGUAGGGAGUGAGAGACGGGGAGGGUGGGUCACAGAGAA